CAGUGAACUUGUAGCAUAGAAAAUACAUGCUUCGACCUACAAAUGAAGCAGGAGAUGGUGCACAAGAACGUAUAAUAUAUAUACAUAAUACAUAAUUAGGAAGAGUGCCAAACUAAUCCGUUUAAAUCUUGUUCCAGUACAUAACAAAACUGAAUUAGCACUAAAUUAAACAUGAAAGACUUGGUAAUAUCUUAGGAGAUGGAUUGGUGGUACAAAGCACUAAAUCUGUAUUUAGAUCGAGUUAAUUUUAAUUUUGGGAACUUGUAUUCUUACUAGUCAAAUUUAUAUAUGCCAGGAUUUUUGUUAGUUCUCUUCACUCUAGCUACUGUUCGUCGGACUUCUAUGAAUGAAAUUAUAGUGUCGUGUAAAUUUCAUUUAUAUGCUCACUGAAGUGGCAUUUAGAAUCAGUGAGAUUGAAGUUGGACACACCAUUUUACGCAUGUGCGCGCUGACCAUAGCAGUUUUUUUCGUCAGGUUGUUCUCUCAACAGAAAACUCUACUUUCUCAGCAUUCAAGAAACGGGAUCGGGUAUUCUCAAGCACAGUACUGUUCUUACUUCAGCUUCUCCUUCUCUGGCCAGCUUCGCCGCCAUUUCUGCUAACUCGUUGUUCUGUCAACAGAAAACUCUAGUUUCUCGCCAUUCAAGAAACGGGAUCGGGGAUUCUCGAGCAGACUGUUCUUAAUUCAGGUAAUUGCGUCUGCCCUUGACACUCAAAAUGAUGAUGCUUUUUAUUAGGUCUAUCAUUCCUUCAUAUUAUUUGUUGCACUUCGAACUCAUAAAGAGUACAAUGUCGUGUAAAUUGAUUUAUAUCAUUUUGACACAAUUGGCAUUUAGAAUCAAUGUUACAAGGCCAAUUAUAGUGGCCGACGACCAAGGUAGUUGCUUAGCUUUGAAACAAUUUGCGAGUUAUUACUAAAAUAUCGUUCUUGUGGGCUAAAGAGGGACAUUUAGAACCAAUGUUACAAGGCUAAUUAUUGUGGCUAAAGAGGGAUAAUUUACACUUUUGGUCCCUAUAUUAUACACGAAAAUCCAUUUGAGCAUAUAUAUUUUUUUUGCCUCGAUUUUCGUCCUCGAAUUGGCCACCUUUUUUUUCAAUUUCGAUCUGCCGUUUGAUUUGGGUGUUAGUUUGGUCAGAAAAAUCACGUGUUUUUUUCAUGUGAGGAUGCAGAAGUACCCCCUUCUUACCUGCAUUUUCCAUUUAGCCCCAACUUUACUUUAUUCCUCAAUUUCAUCCUAAAAAAACUUUAACCAAACCGCAACAAUUCUUAGCUCGAAAACUACGCACGUCGUAGGAAUAUCGAUGAGGCCUAUACUCUAUCUCCCAAUCCUCGAUCACGUCUUUUUCUUCCUCCCCCAUUUUCCUUCUCCACCAAAACCUAUAAAGUAAAAACAGGGCUGAGUUUUAGUUUGUAACUCUUUGCUAUUCUUCAUAAAGAAAUCGACCAAAAUUAAAGGCAUUAAUAUCUGAGAUGAAGAAAUGGCGAUUUUAUUUGGGAUUAAUAUUUGUUGGGAUUUAUAUUAUUUAGGAUAAAAUUGUAGGACUAAAGUGAAAUUGUGGCUAAAUCGAAAGUAGAGGAAAAAGGAGGGGUCGAGGCGGUUAUUUCAGCAUGCUCACCUGCUCCACGUGUGACUUUUUCCGUCCGAAUUAACACCGAUAGCAAACAGCGGACUAAAAUUGUAAAAAUGUGGUUAGUUUGAGGACUAAAAUCGUGGCCAAACAAAUAUAAGGACUGAAAUCGAUAUUCGUGUAUAAUAUUGGGGCCAAAAGUGUAAUUAUCUUUAACUUUAUACACUAUGAUCAACACAUGCUUGGUACUCUCCCCUGCUCAAGGCUUAUUAUUAUGAUGUUUUGAUUUAUUCAAACUCUCUCACCUCCGUGAAAAUUUAAUUUUAUCAUUUACAGAAUUUCUAGCCAUGAUAGUAAAUGACAACCCGUUAAGUUUAAUAAUUUGAACUUGUACUCUUACUCGUCAAAUAACUUUGUGUUUAAACCAUAUUAUCUUAGGCGGGAAAAGCAAAAGGAUUUGGACAAGUUUGAAAAGACUCGAGGCCAGGAUUCAAGAAACGGGAUUCUCAAGUUACGGAUAAUUAAAGUGUUAAAGAUGUCACCUUCACAGAGUGCCACCCUCGUGUUUUAAACCGCAACCUUACCAUUUCAGGUAAUUACUUUUUUCCAGAACUUCUGUUCGAGUUUUUCUAUGUCUGCUAAGUGGAAAGUUUAAUCUUUCUAAAAUGUGAACCGUUUAUGCAUCUACCUCUGGCUUCGAUUAUUAUUAUUUUCCUUCAUAUGGUUCCUUAACAUUCCAUUAAUUGAGUACUAUUGACUUUCCAUGGGAUUAUUAUGCUUUUUGUUAGUCCUUGGUAUUGUUCGUCACUUUGUUGUAAAUCUGCAUGAAUUCAUGACGAGUAAUUAAAUAUCGUGUAAAUUUCUUUACAUCGUUUUGACAUACGUGACAUUUAGAACCAACGUUGCAAGACUAAUUAUUGUGGGUAAAGAGGACAAAAAAUCGAUUUGAGUCCCUAUUUUUUUUGGCCACGAUUUUAGUCCUCGAAUUAACCACUUCUUUUUUUCCGAUUUUGGUCUGCCGUUGAUUUGGGUGUUAGUUUGGACAGAAAAGUCGCGUGUUUUGGAUGUGAGGAUGCUGAAGUAGCCCCAACUUUACUUUUAUUCCUCAAUUUCAUCCAAAAAAAAAACUUUAAUGUAUUUGUUAUUUAGUAAGACUCACCGAAUCCGCCAAACCCCAACAAUUCUUCGCUCGAAAACUAUGCACCUCGUAAUCGAUGAGACCUAUACCCUAUCUCCCAAUCCUCGAUCAUGUCUUUUUCUUCCUCCACCAUUUACCUUCUCCACCAAAACCUAUACAGUGAAAACAGGGCUGAGUUUUAGUUUGUAACUCUUUGUUAUUCUUCAUAAAUAAAUCAAGCAAAAUUAAAGGGAUUAAUAGCCGAGAUGAAGAAAUGGGGAUUAUUGGGAUUAAUAUUUGUUGGGAUUUUAUUGGGAUUAAUAUUUGUUGGGAUUUAUAUUUUUUAGGAUAAAAUUGUGGGACCAAAUCGAAAUUGUGGCUAAAUCGAAAAUAGAGGAAAAGGAGGGUCGAGGCGGUUAUUUCAGCAUGCUCACAUGCUCCACACGUGACUUAUUCUGUCCGAAUUAACACCGAUAGCAAACGGGUGACAUGCAGAAAUUGGGUGUAGAAAUGGAUUUUAUUUCCUAGAAAGGCAAUUACAGUGUGCUAUAUUUGGCAUUAGGACAUGCUUUGGUAUUAAAAUAAUGAUUUCUUGAUGCUUUUAGCUGCUUCGUUUAUCAUAAUGAACUUGGAUUGACUCGUUUCAUCAGUUGUUUUGAUUGUAUUUCUGUAAAAUGAUAUCUUAUAGUGAUUGUUGAUUAUGUUCAAUUUUCUUUCAUUUCAGAACUUUGUGUUCAAACCAUAUUAUCUUAGGCGGGAAAACCAAAAGGAUUUUGACAAGUUUGAAGAGAGUACUCGAGGCCAGAUGGACGAAGUGAGCUUAGCUUCUCAUGUUUCAUCAUCACGACCGUCAUUUGCAGUUGAGCCAUCAGAUAUCGAGUAUCUUGAGGCUCCAGCUGCUUCAGAGUCGUCCGGAUACAAUUCUAGUUCGCACGGUUCCGGUCGAAGUGUAGACUCACUCGCAGUUGGAGCGGGCUCCCCAAUGUCUGUAGGCUCAGUGCCUUCGAACCCUAGGACCCCUGACCCCCUUCGAGAUGGUCCUGACCCCCUUCGAGAUGGUCCAGACCCCCUUCGAGAUGGUCCAGACCCCCUUCCACCAAACCCGGUUCAAGUUGGUGGUUUCAACUGGAUGCGGUCUUUCAAGGUGAUAGGAGCUAUCGUAUUCGUUUGUGCACUCGCUCUAUUAAUUGCCUUGGUCAUCACAGGAAGGACCAAAAAGAAAGAAGAUCACUGCAAAAUAUCGAUCUCGGUUUCAGGGGACGGGAAGUCUGAGUACCGUACCAUUUCAGAAGCGGUCGAAGCAUCCCCUAGUUAUAGCUCGUUUAGAGUGUGCAUACGCAUUGGAGCUGGGGAGUACAACGAGAAGGUGAGAAUUGCUCCCGACAAGAUCAACAUAACACUAUUAGGCGAAGGGGUCGAGAAGACCGUGAUUACUUCGAAUGCCACUUUGCCAAUAUCUUUGAUGGGUCGUUACGCAGCAACUUUAUGGGUUGGCGGGCAAGAUUUUCUUGCUCAAGAUCUGACAAUAUCAAAUACCGCAAAAGACGGUGUUGCUGUCGAGAAUUCUGGAGAUCAUACGGUCUUUUUCAGGUGCACACUUAGAGGAAUGAAUAUGACGUUGCAUGCACUAGGACUCAAACAGUUUUACCGUAGUUGUCAAUUUUACGGUAGAAAUCACCUAGUAUUAGGAAAUGAUCAUUCCUUUUUCCAAAAAUCUGAGUUUUUUAGCGAGAGGUCGGAUGAAAAAAUCGUUUUCUUUGGUCAGUCUCGUAAUUUUGUAGAUCACAAGACUGGGUUCAUAUUUCACCAGUGUGCAUUCUACACAAACAACUCCGAAGUGUAUUUAGGCAGUGCAAUAGGGAACUAUGCAUUUUUUGUCGUGAUGCAGUCCUAUUUGGAUGCACAUAUAGCUGGAUACUUCGUAGACAGUCCUCAUUUCAAUGGCAGUUAUUUUGCUAUUUUCGGGAAUAGUGGAGGUAGUUUGUCUCUUCCAAGUGCACCAUCAUCGGUCGUUGAUGCACUGAGUCGUACAGAAGUAGAUUCUAGAUUUUCACUUAGAAGUUUUCUCGGUAGUAUGACUUGGAUACCCGAUGAGGUGGAUCGUGAUUUGGAUUUGGCUAGAUGAUCGUUCAGAAUAACUCACAAAAGUCAAGGUUUCGUUCAUUUUGUUGGGGGGUCUUCAAAAACUAUGCUUCCGAUAGAGGUAACCUGUUUGAAGAAAGGGCAUCCAGCGAUUAGAUACUCGAAGAAAGGGAAACAAAUCCCCUGUCCCGAUCUGUUUGUUAUUAUUUGAUCUCUGGUAAUCUGCCCCCUAUAUGUACAUGUUUAAGUGUGUAAUGCUGCAUUUUGGUUGUUGUUUGUGUAUUUAUUACAUGAAUCUGAAUUCGGUAGUUUGUUUGGACUGUAAAACACGGGCUUAUGAAAUGCUGCAUUUUGCUUGGGUUUAUGAAAUGGCCGUGAAUGCUGAGGAAGAUACAUUUGUUGUUGCAUUUUGAUGAAGAAAUGAAUUUGCGUAAGUUUGCCUU